GACGCCCGAACUUCAAAGCAUGCUGCUCAUUUACUUGAAUCCACCGUGGGUGUUACUACAGUCGAUAUAGAACAAUUUAAGGGAAUUUCUUGAUUAUUGAAAUCUGUAUAUAGUUUUUUUUAUUAUUAUUUCCGCAAAGAAAGGGUUGACGAAACUGUUGCCAAGAGACAAUUUUCGAUUUGAUCGAAACCAAAAAAGUUUGAUGCUGGAUGUCUUCUCAGUAAUGCUUGGCUGAAUCCAAGGACUUGCCUGACAGCUAACCUGUCAUCGAUUGUCAAACAGCAGCCCUUCCAUGAGGUGAAUCGCAAGACAUAUCGCAUGAUAUUGAACAUUUUGUGGUGGGUGCUGGAAAACCACUGAGUGAAAUUCUCAUACCUGCAUCUAAAGCAUUAGAGCAACACCCAAUCUCCUGUUGUGGCCCGGUCCGCUGAUUCUCCGUGCCUGCUGCCAUGGAGGCCAGAGGAAAGUACGACUUCAAUGGCACAGCUGAGGACGAGCUCAGUUUCCGGAAAGGGGACAUCCUAAAGAUCCUGGGUGCCCAAGACGACUGGUUUAAAGCAGAGCUUCACGGCCACGAAGGCUUCGUGCCCAAAAACUAUGUCGACAGACAGACUCCCAGCUGGUUCCAGGAGAACGCCAGUCGCGGCGCGGCCGAGGAGAUUCUGAUGGACCGAGACAUGGGCGGCUUCCUGAUCCGCGGCAGCCAGAGCACCCCUGGAGCCUUCUCCAUCUCCGUCCGGCACGAGAGUGACGUCCAGCAUUUCAAAAUCAUGAGGGAGAACAAGGCCAAGUACCACAUCUGGAACGUGAAGUUCAACUCCCUGAACGAGCUGGUGGAGUACUACAGGAGAAACAGCAUCUCCAAAAACAGCGAGAUCUACCUGAACGACGGCAGCAGAGACGACUCCAAGCCAUCUGCUCCACAGCCGGCAAAGAGAGGCUCGGCGGACGGCUACUACCCUGGAGGCUACGGAGGGUCACCGCAGCCCACCCAGCAGCGGAGGGCGUCCGAUCAGUCACACACACAGCAGAACAAGAGGCCCAGUGUGGAGGAGAGGUCUAACACAUUGGGCUCCGUGUCGAAGAGCAUCACUCAAAACAGCAAUCAGCCAGGCAGACGGAUAUCAGAUCCUCCCGUCACCCAGCGAGUGCCAACCCAGGUGAGGGCAAUCUACGACUUCACUGCUGAGGAGGACGAUGAGUUAGGCUUCAAGGCCGGAGACGUUAUCGAGGUCCUGGACUGCAGUGACUCUUCCUGGUACAGGGGACGUUUGCGUGGCAGAGUUGGCCUUUUUCCAGCCAAUUACACAUUCCCUCUUUGAGACAACUCGACUGGAGAGAACGGACAAGAGCCUUAUCCGAUUAGCACCAUCCCAAUCUAUCCUCGGUCCCAGCCUCUCUCAAUGCCUUGAGACCAUAACUUUGUCUUUUGUUGAAAGAUUGUGUAUAUGCAAAUUCAGGAUUUUACAGAUAAUGAAACUGAGAGAAAUGAUAGGAAUUGUAAUGGAAAUCUUAAAUGUUUCAGCACUAACUUUAACCAAGUACUUUUUUGCCUUUUUGUGCUAUUUGAUGGGACAUCUUACUGUAUGAAUUUAUUAAAUUGAAUGGAAAGAGAUAUAUUUUAAAA